ACACACACACGUUGGUUGAGCGUGCUGUGGGAAGAUCUGCGAACACGCCCCUAACAAGCUGCCCUCCCUGGGUCAAAGAUAAGUGUAAGGUCUGCAAGCACACGUCUUAUUGCUCUUGCAGCACAAAUGUAUGAACAACAUGCAUCAUUUUAAUUUUGGAUCAUAUUGGAAGCCUUCUGCAAAGGCGGGUCAAAUGUCGCGAGUUCAACCGCCCCCCUUUUUUUGUUGUUAUUUCCUGCCUUGUAACAUUGUGCUUCGUUCUCUCUGUCCGAGCCGUGCCAACUCCUGCAGCUUUGUGGCGAUGAUAAGACCAGCCCUGCAGCGGUAAUGGUUAACCAGAUAAUUUGAAAUUUUGGGUGGGAGCAGACAACAAGAGCGGGCUUCUCCCGCCUUCAUUCAUAGCAGGACUUUAGCAUGGACGAGACUUCGCAGCCGGAGACGGAUUACAAAGGCCAGGAUGAGGAAGAACAAGGUGGGAUCCGCCGCCGCCUGAGGGACAGGUCGCUUCUCAAGAAGAGGAAAGCCGAAGCAGAGGAGAAGGAAACUUACCAGUGGGUUUUGGGGCUGGAGAGCCCGAGGAAAAGACAGAGGGCUGAAGGCAGCAAAAGGAGGGGGAGGCCCAGGAAGACUGCUGGUACAUCAGAGAGCUCUUUCACCCAGGAAGGUCCUGCUGUGGUGGUGCUCACAGGACCAGAAGAGGCAAUGCUGGCGAUAACGUCGGACCCUCAGGAAGCAGAACCCCUACUGCCGGACGCUGUCCUUACUCCGGGUUUCAUGUCGCCUCCAGAUGCUCUCAUCGUAGUUCCUCCAGCUCCGAACCAAGAUCAGUCCUGCGCUCCAGCUCCAUAUCGAGCUACCGAACCAGGUCCAGAUCUAGCUACCGAACCAACUUCAACUCCAGAUCGAGCUACCGAACCAGGUCCAGAUCUAGCUACCGAACCAACUUCAACUCCAGAUCGAGCUACCGAACCAGGUCCAGAUCUAGCUACCGAACCAACUCCAGCUCUAGAUCGAGUUACCGAACCAGGUCCAGAUCUAGCUACCGAACCAACUCCAGCUCUAGAUCGAGUUACCGAACCAGAUCCUGAUCUAGCUACUGAACCAGCUUCAGCUCCAGAUACAGCCCCUGAACCAGAUUUCGCUCCAGAUGCUCUUCUAGUCUCGGCUCAAUCCCAAGCUCCUGCUCCUGAACCAGCCAGCGUUUCUUCCGUCGUCCCUCCACAGGUGGAGACCCUCAUGUCUUCUAGCUCACAAAUCAAGGGGGAAACCUUUGACCAGGUCCUCAUCGAGGAUUUAGGCCCAGAUGUUGAAGCGGACGAGGUUGUAGUCCAGGAUAAAGGAGCUGAUGAAGAUACGAGCGAAGGACCGUCCAAUAACGAGCCCAAACAAAACCAGAUGUUCACAAUCCCAUCCUUGUCCUCGCUGUCAGUGCCGCAAGAAUAUUUCCCAGGAAACUGACUCUAGAUGCUCUAAGGUUGUGUUCAAACUUUGGUAAAAAUGUUUAAAAAAAAAAAUACUUCCUGCUUCACGUUCCCACUGCUAUUGUUUCCAUGGGCCCAAAGACUGCAGAGUAAAGAACAUAAAGUAAACACUUGAUUCGUA